CCUUAUUCGGAUAGUCCGAGAAAUCUGCACUGUCCUUAACUGUUGAUUCGAUUUUGUUAGCGGUUCAAUCUACCAGACUUGCCUUGCAUUCUACAGCUACCUCCACCUACCACCAACACUCAUCACAUAUAAAAUGCCGGACAUCGAGGAGGCAUGUUCCUUUCAUUCGUUAUACCGCACGAAGAAGCUGGUGUGUCCUUGUCUGUUCCCAGGUGACUGAAGCAUUGAACUGCUCUGACAAUUCAAGAAUGUCUCCAAUUGCCUUGGAUUUGUCUCAAAAUGGAAGUUCCAAGAAUCAUGAGACGGGGCGCAGCAUAUUUGAGAUAGGGGAAUCCGAUAUCACGAAGCUAUUGGAUAAGGCAAAACCUUUAAAUGUGGAGAGGAACAGAUCAUUUGAUGAAAGGUCAUUCAGUGAAUUGUCAAUAGCUUCUCCCCAUCUGUUUCAUAGAAGCCAUGAUAACCAUUUUGACUAUGGAUCUCCACGAAGGUCGGGAAUUAACACACCUAGAUCAAGCAAUCACUGUGAGUCGCAUCAAAUGGUUGGUGAUGCUUGGGAUGCAUUGAGGCUUUCAUUGGUUCACUUUCGUGGGCAACCAGUUGGGACUAUUGCUGCACUGGACCAUUCUGUGGAAGAUCUUAACUAUGAUCAGGUUUUUGUUAGGGACUUUGUCCCAAGUGCCUUGGCCUUUUUGAUGAAUGGAGAACAUGAAAUUGUCAAGAAUUUUCUCUUGAAAACUCUUCGCCUUCAAUCAUGGGAGAAAAAGGUUGACUUGUUUCAAUUGGGAGAAGGAGUAAUGCCGGCAAGUUUUAAAGUGCUACACGAUCCUGUGAGAAAGUAUGAAACUUUAAUAGCAGAUUUUGGUGAGAGUGCAAUAGGAAGAGUGGCUCCAGUUGAUUCAGGGUUUUGGUGGAUCAUAUUACUCCGUGCAUAUACAAGGUCAACCGGGGACUCUUCCUUGGCUGAAAUGCCUGAAUGCCAAAGGGGUAUGCGCCUUAUCCUGAGUCUCUGUCUUUCAGAAGGCUUCGACACAUUUCCAACUCUGCUCUGUGCUGACGGAUGCUGUAUGAUAGAUCGUAGAAUGGGUAUAUAUGGCUAUCCUAUUGAGAUACAAGCACUAUUUUUUAUGGCUUUAAGAUGUGCUUUGCUUUUGCUUAAGCAAGAUGGAGAGGGCAAGGAGAUUGUGGAGCUAAUAGUGAAACGCCUUCAUGCUUUGAGCUAUCACAUGCGGAGCUAUUUUUGGCUGGACCUGAAGCAACUUAAUGACAUAUAUCGGUAUAAAACAGAGGAGUACUCUCAUACUGCAGUUAACAAAUUUAAUGUAAUGCCUGAUUCUUUACCAGAUUGGGUGUUUGAUUUCAUGCCAAAGCGCGGUGGUUACUUUAUCGGAAAUGUGAGUCCUGCAAGAAUGGAUUUCCGUUGGUUCUGCUUGGGUAACUGUGUGGCUAUUUUGUCAUCUUUGGCAACUCCUGAACAAGCUGCAGCCAUAAUGGAUCUGAUUGAAUCACGCUGGGAUGAAUUGGUUGGUGAAAUGCCACUGAAAAUAUCUUACCCAGCCAUAGAGAGCCAUGAGUGGAGAAUCGUAACUGGCUGCGACCCAAAGAACACUAGGUGGAGUUACCACAAUGGAGGUUCUUGGCCAGUGCUUCUGUGGCUACUCACUGCUGCUUGUAUCAAGACGGGGCGUCCUCAAAUUGCAAGACGCGCCAUUGAUCUUGCUGAAAGUAGGUUGUCAAAAGACCAUUGGCCUGAGUACUAUGAUGGGAAGCUUGGCAGGUAUGUCGGAAAGCAGGCUCGUAAAAACCAGACUUGGUCCAUUGCUGGAUACUUGGUGGCUAAGAUGAUGCUUGAAGAUCCAUCUCAUCUGGGCAUGAUAUCACUCGAGGAGGACAAGCAGAUGACGCCGCUAGUGAAGAGAUCCGCUUCAUGGACAUGCUGACACUCUUUAUAUUUUUCACACGUAUAUCUCUUCAACUUCUUCUACAUUCGACAUGUCCAAACAUUUUUUGUCAGAUUUGCAGGCUAAUUCUGAAACAUUUUAAGCGUAAUACGAGUUGAUUGAUGUUAAAAACUAAUAUAUUCUUAUAUGUUUUGAGUAGCC